GCAGAAGAUAGUGACACGGUUUUCGCGCAACCCAAUGUCUUGUACAGAUCUACGUUUUCUUUUUCUUUUUGAAUCCCUCCUCCACGUGUCCUCAUCUGAUCCCACCGCCACCGCCUCCGCCAACUCCACCACCGUAAUAAAAGCCUAUCAAUUCCCUGAAGAAUUAUAUAUACAUUAUUACCAGAGAUUUUAACCUUUCAUAGAUUUUGGGAAAUGGUAUCUUCUUCUUCUUCUACUGAUUGGAACCCGAUCCGAGUAGUACUCGGACUCGGGUUCUGGGUCCAAGGUUUUAGGUGCUUUCCAUGGAUGGCAGUGAAUUUUUUCCUAAAAGACGCUCUGAAUGUGGACCCCUCCACUCUCCAGCUCCUUCAGAGCUCUGCUAAUCUCCCCAUGGUUGGGAAGCCUUUCUACGGCAUCAUUUCCGAUGCCGUUUACAUCUCCGGCCAGCAUCGCAUUCCAUAUAUUGUCUUCGGUGCAUUCCUACAAGCAAUUUCAUGGAUAGCUAUUUCAAUAAUCCCACAAUCAAGCCUCUCCAUCUUCUGCAUCAGCAUGUACCUUCUCCUUAGUAAUCUUGGUGCUUCAAUAGCAGAGGUUGCAAAUGACGCCAUUGUUGCUGAGAUAGGAAAACAACUUACCACCUCUUCUAAAAAACCUCAGUCAUCUUCAGGUGAGCUUCAGUCCUUUGUUUGGAUUGCUUCCUCCGCUGGCGGUGUCCUUGGAAACCUUUUGGGUGGUGUUGCCAUUGCUAGAUUUUCCCCUCAAGCUAUGUUUCUCUUUUUCGGUUUCAUAGUUGCUCUCCAAUUUUUUAUAACCCUUGCGGUUCGCGAAAGCUCCCUUAACCUUCCUAAAAGUUCAUCAAGUGUUGGGAUUAGAAAACAGCUUUCACAGCUCUCACUUGCGUUAAAGAAACCUGACAUUGCUUACUCGAUAGCAUGGUUUGCAGCAUCUUAUGCUAUAAUUCCAACGUUGACGGGAACCAUGUUCUUUUAUCAAACACAAUAUCUGAAGGUUGAUUCAUCCCUACUAGGGAUCUCUAAGGUUUUUGGUCAGGCUGCAAUGCUUCUAUGGAGUGUAAUCUACAACCGUUACUUGAAAACAAUUCCUGCAAGAAAAUUGAUUGCAGCUAUUCAAGCUACAAUGGCAGUGUUCAUGAUUUCUGAUGUGUUAUUUGUUAAGGGAUUUUAUCGAAGUGCAGGGGUGCCAGAUGCAUUGUACGUCAUAAUCUUUUCAGGCCUUUUAGAGGUACUGUUCUUCUUUAAGAUUCUGCCUUUCAAUGUUCUAAUAGCGCAGCUAUGCCCACCGGGGUGUGAGGGGUCACUGAUGGCGCUUGUAGCAUCUGCUAUAGCCCUUGCAUUCAUAGUGAGUGGAUACCUUGGUGUUGCACUAGCAUCAUAUGUUGGAGUCACAGGAGAUGAUUUUUCAGGGCUUCCCAGAGCCCUUCUAAUACAGGCUGUGUGCACACUUUUGCCAAUUUAUUGGUGGUCAUAUAUUUCAGAUGAUGACAAAUACAAAACUAGGAAGAAGAGCGAGUAGCAUAAGAUUGAAAUUUCUUUAAUUUUUUGUAGGUUUUUUAGAUUUUUUUUUUAACCUUAUUAUACAUUCAUAUAUUUAUUACAAAUACUAUCAUUUGUUGUAAUUCUAAGCAAUUUCCAUAUAAAGCAAAUUUAUUGUACGGUUGUGAUCAAUAUUCAAAUGUAAUUCAAGUUUCAGCAGCUGAAAGAACUGCUAGUAAAGAAA